UGCAUUAAUCUAUCAUGAGCUAAUUUUUUGUUCAUUCUUAGCCAGCGUCUCUCCUGCACAGGCACACUCACGCGUGCACACAGGGAGGCUGAGGAGAAGCGCGCACGCACACACACAGGCACACACACACAAAGUCACCGGGCUGUUGCAGCGCGACUGGACUGGAGCCAUCUCGCGAAGGAGGAUCCAGGGCCGGGAGGAGAGAAAGAGGGGAAGAAAGGGAGGAGGACGGAAGAAGGAAAAGAGCGAAUAGGAGCAGAGGCAGCACGAGGAGAGACGAGUGCUCUGUGAAAGGAUAAAGAGAGAGACAGGAGAGGAGGAAAAAAAGAGAGAGAACAGGAAACAAUAUUACUCACAGCACAAGUGGUCCGUGUUGCAGAAUGGGAAAUGCACCAUCCCAAGGCAUGUCAGCUCUAUCUCCAUGCAUACUGUAGUAGCAGCAGAAACCCGGGCCUGUUUUCCAAAGCAAGAUCCCGAGCGCAGUGGAGGUCACAUGAUCUCAACCGACGACGCCGAGUACCCGCGGGAGUACCGCACGUUGGGGAACGGCACGCGGCGCUUCUCCAACGUGGGCCUGGUGCACACCUCUGAGCGCAGGCACACGGUCAUCGCCGCCCAGAGCCUGGAGGCCCUCACCAGCCUGCAGAAGGCCGACAUGGAGCGCAAGCGCGACGCCUUCAUGGACCACCUCAAGAGCAAGUACCCACCCCAGCACCCACCCUCCCCCUCCCCGUCCCACGGCAGCAUGAGGGGCACUCCGGAUCGCGCCCGCGAACAGCAACAACCCAACUACUGGAGCUUUAAGAGCCGGAGCCCACGACACUCCCAGUCCACGCAGUCUGGCCUGGCCGACCAGGCCACCAAGCUGUCCUUUGCCUCAGCCGAGUCCCUGGAGACCAUGUCCGAGGCCGACAUCCCACUCGGCUUCAACCGCAUGAACCGCUUCCGUCAGAGCUUGCCCCUGUCACGCUCGGCUAGCCAGACCAAGCUGCGCUCACCAGGCGUGCUCUUCCUGCAGUUCGGGGACGAGACGCGGCGGGUGCACAUCACGCACGAGCUGAGCAGCCUGGACACGCUGCACGCGCUCAUCGUGCACAUGUUCCCGCAGAAGCUCACCAUGGGCAUGCUCAAGUCCCCCAACACGGCCAUCCUCAUCAAGGACGAGGCGCGCAACGUCUUCUACGAGCUGGAGGACGUGCGGGACAUCCAGGACCGCAGCAUCAUCAAGAUCUACCGCAAGGAGCCCAUCUAUGCCUCCUACCCCGCAGCUCACCUGGCCAAUGGGGACCUGAGGAGGGAAAUGAUGUACACAUCCCGAGAAUCAUCCCCCACACGGCGCCUCAAUAGCGUGCCCGCAUCCGCCUCACCCCCCUCGGGCUCCCCCUCCCGCUCCCGCCUGUCCUACAGUGGAGGGCGUCCCCCCUCUUUUUCCGGACCUGCCCACCCGCAGCAGCACCCGCACUCCCACCCCCACCCCCACCCCCACCACCCCGCUGCCAGCCACGCCCAGGCUGCCCUCUCCCCCUCCCCUAGUGCCAUCCUGGAGCGUCGCGAUGUCAAGCCGGAUGAGGAAGUCUCGGCCAAGAACAUGGUUCUUCUGAAGAACGAGGGCCUAUACGCCGACCCCUACAACCUGGUGCACGAGGGCCGGCUCAGCAUCGCCUCCACGCAGUCCCUGGCUGCCAUUGGUGACCCCUUCACCUUCCCUGUGCCCGGAGGGCUGUACCGCCGCGGCUCUGUGCGCUCCCUCAGCACCUACUCGGCCGCCGCCCUGCAGGGGGAGCUGGAGGAGGCCCUCUACAAGCCGGGGGGCCCACUGUAUUCGGACGCCUAUGCCUCCACGCUGGGUGUGGGCUUCCGCAUGCCCCCCUCGUCCCCGCAGAAGGUCCCUGACAUGCAGCUGCGGGACCGGGACUCCUACUCUGGCACCCCCAGCCGUGGGUCCCCCGUGCGCCAGACCUUUCGCAAGGACUCGGCCUCCUCCGUGUUUGUGGAGAGCCCCAAGUCUCGAUCGGGCUCCGGCUCAGACCCCCUCUGUGGGGCGGUGGUCCCAGGUGGGGAGGGAAGCCGAGGGACGCCGGGGUACAGCUCCCCGUUACCGGGCAAUGAGACAGAGACCCGGGAGCGGAUGGAGGCAAUGGAGAAACAGAUUGCCAGUCUCACAGGCCUGGUGCAGAGCGUGCUGACCAGAGCGCCGGACAGCGACAGCACAUGCUGCCUGCUGCGGCUCUGCAUGAUGGUGGGGCGCUCCGAGCCGGGGGUGGGAUUCUCACGGGCCUCCCCUUUCUCUUCCAGCGAGAAGACUGAGCCCACCAGCGACUGCUCGGGCACAGGAACUGGACGGCUAAAAAAAAGGAAAGCCCUGACGCCCUCCGCCCCCUUAGCGCUGAUGCCGCCCCCACCUGCGGAAGCCACACAGGCCACCACAGUCACACGGCUGCAGAUGCAGCUGCACCUACACGACCUGCAGCAGAAUGCCACUGACCUGCGGGACCAGCUGUCCCAGCUGCGCAAGAUGCAGCUCCAGAACCAGGACUCUGUGCGGUCACUGCUGAAGCGCACGGAGACGGAGAUCAACAUGAGGGUGACGGACGCCCUGCGCAAGCAAGAGGACCCCUUGCAGAGACAGCGCCUCCUUGUGGAGGAGGAGAGACUGAAGUACCUCAAUGAGGAGGAGCUGAUCAUACAGCAGCUGCAUGACUUGGAGAAAUCAGUGGAGGAGAUCCAGAAAGACUCGUCAGUAAAUCACAGGCUGGUGACGGUGCAGGAGCUGGAGGAGAAGACCUCGGUGCUGAGGAAGUUGGGAGAAACGCUCACUGAACUCAAGAACCAGUUCCCGAGCCUACAGAGUAAGAUGCGCGUGGUGCUGAGGGUAGAGGUGGAGGCAGUGAAGUUCCUCAAAGAGGAGCCACACAGACUGGAUGCCCUGUUGAAACGCUGCAAAACUGUCACAGACACACUGACCUCACUCCGCAGACAGGUGAAUGAGGGUAUAUGGAAGGGCCAGGAAGACUUUGCCAGCCCCUCUCCCAAACAGGGGGAUGAAUUUAACAAGAGCACAGACUUUGACAUUCCUACCAGCCCACCCCUCAAUCUCAAUGACCUGGGGGGUGGCACUAGUCUGUCCAACUGGAUGCCCCACACCAGCUCCGUCCACACCAACCCCUCCGGCCAACACCACGACCCCCAUCCCCCAGGGCCCCUCAAGAACCGGGCCCUGGAGGAGCUGUCAGGCCGCCGGGGUGUUGACAAAUCGGUGUCCGUGGAGGUCAGACUGGCUGCAGAGCGAGACUGGGAGGAGAAGCGGGCCAGCCUGACACAGUAUAGCGCCCAGGACAUCAACCGUCUGCUGGAGGAGACCCAGGCCGAGCUUAUGAAGGCCAUCCCUGACCUGGACUUUGCUGCCAAGCAGAUCAACAAACCCCCGGCACUCCCUGCCUCCCAGAGCAGCAGUGCCACCCCGGAGCACCGCCCCAGCAAGCCCCAGCACUCUGCCCACAAGCUGUCCAGCAAGGAGGCCGGCUCUCGUCGCGGCUCUGAUGAGCUGACAGUGCCGCGGUAUCGCACGGAGAAGCCCUCCAAGUCGCCCCCUCCCCCGCCACCACGGCGCAGUUUCCCAUCAUCCCAUGGGCUGACUACCAACCGUAGCGGAGAGGUCAUUGUCACCAGCAAGAGCGUGAAGAAGGCAGAGUCAGAGGAGACGGAGGCACAAAAGCCCCACAUCAAGCUGCGUCGGACUGUUUCCGAGGCCCCCAGGCCUGCCUCCACGCCCCCUGUCAUUGCUGCCUCAGGGGUGAAAGAGGAAGAUGAUGAGGAGAAGAUCAUUGCUGAGCUGGAGGUGUUUCAGAGAACCCCAGUUAAAGUCAAAGUGUCCCCUCCCCACUCCCUGCCCAGCACCCUUCGCAGGACCAGCACCCCUCCCUCCAGCCUGGACCUGUGGCCCUUAGUGGCCCCUGGAAGGAAGACCGGAAACAGCUCCUCUGGCUCCAACAAAGCCCCCCACUCCUCUGCUGCCUCCCGCCUCAAGCACCUGCAGCAGAGCAGCCCGGAGAAGAGCAAGACCAGCAAGCAGCGCGAAGACUUCCUGAAGAUCCAGGGCCAGCAGCAGGUAUUUCACUUCUAAUGGCCCCCUUCACAGCCUGCGCUCCCCGCCAUGCUAGUGUCACAGAUGUUUACCUAUUGUGCCACUGACAACUGACAAUCCCCCGCUCCCUUCCCUCCUGACCUACCCUGCUCUGCCCCUGGUGCCUCUUUAUUAUCCAAAACACCAGAAGGACUCGGCGCUUUGCCAGUGGACACCAUUUACAAGCACGAGCAGGGCAUCAACACCAAGAUGCCAUUGAUGUUAGUUAGAUGCUGUAAUCAUCUGUCCCUUGUAAUCUACAGUGAGGUUUGCUUUGUUCAGAUUUCCUCCAAAAACAACUAGAGCCAAAAUGUCCGGCCAUGCAGGAAUUUCACAAGGAUAGGGGAAGUCUCUAAAUGGGAGAUCUGUCAUCUUUGGGGCCCCUCUGCUGUGCCAAGUAAAAUGAACACUGCCAAAUGUGGGGCCUUGGACACCCUGGUGAGACCCUCUGCACCCCUUUCCCCCCAGUCCUGUGCCCCAUGUUGAGACUGCUACACUUUCUUGGAACAGUCAAUAAGUGUUUUACUGCACUUCUGAGUUCUCAUUUUCUAAUCAAGCCGCUGAGCCAGCUUUGCAAAAAAAAAAAAAAAAAACAUAGAAAAAGGAAAAGACCGCUGUAUAACCGCAGAGACAGUAUUGGGUGACCACUGUGUGCCAUCUCAGCUACUGUCCCUCACAGUGAGGACUGGAGAAAUGCAGUCCUGGGCAAACUCAGGCUGAAAUGCAAUUCUGAAGCUAAUGGACAUGCUUGAGUUUGGAGUAGAGUUGUUCACAACAAUGCUGUCUAAUGUAUCAGAGGGCUCCUGACAAUUCAGCGUGUAUACUAUACUGUUCCCCCAGCUCAUGUCCCCGGCACCCCUCCAAACAGUGCAGGGAGAGAGACAGAAGAAAGGAAGGCAUUCAGUGCUCAGAGAGACAAAAUGGACAAGGGAGGAAUAGAUAAAAAAGAGAAACGGUAGAUUAGAAGAGGGCUUAAAGGGAAGGAGAAAAUAAAAGAACAAGGGGCAGUCAGAACAUGACAAGAAAGGCAGAGAGAAAGAGGAGGA